AAACAAUUACUUAAUGUUGACAUUUAACAUUUAUGGAAGUUAUACUGAAGUUUUUUAAUCAGGCUGAUUGUUUUUUAAGUUUGAGUAAUGUCUUUUUGAAAAUGGGCGUUUAUGGCUUUUAACGAUAGCGAGUUUGUAAUCCUACCUGUAACCGUGCCACAGUUAAUGUGACGGAAGGCAAACUGCACAGCAGAGAAGAUGUCUGCUUACCCGCCACAAUACACAGCUACCAAGCCUCAGGAUGUGUACACUCUUGCCACAUCGAAGCAGGUUCUUGUGUCCAAAGACCCUGUGUUUGUUCGCAAAGAUGUAAUUAAUGGUGCAUACAUUGGACAGAAACCAGAAAGUUACAAAAUAGUGUGCAUCUUUCUCAUGAUUUUAAACCCAGUGUUUGGACCAAUUCCUUUUAUUUUCUCAGUGUUAUCAGACCGAGCGUAUGACCGAGGGGAUUUGCGAUAUGCAGAGAAGUGGGCCCAGUAUACGUUGUCAGCCUGCAUGUUUAUCUUCAUCUUCACCGUGAUCCUGUACAUCGCAAUAGGCUUCUCCCUCAGUCCUCUAGGCAUCAACGGUGGCCACGCCCUCGGAGUGUGAGGUGUACAGGACUUGAAAGUGUCUGCAGAUGCGAGUGCUUAAUGUGUUUAAAGUUCACAAUUAAUAAAAGUCUACUUAAGUUAAUUAUAGCCUCAUUGAAACUGCACUGUCACAGAUUGACUGUUUCAACUGUCUUUAUUUUUUUUUUAUUAGAAUCAGCUGAUUUGGGUUUCAAUUCAGUCAGUUAAGAUGUUUCACAAUAGAACAUAUAUCUCAAUUGUUUAAGUCAACUUCCCAAAACUUCAUUUCUUAAAGCAUUAGCCAUUAAACAUCAAUUGUGAAAACUUUGAUCUGCAGUCUUUAUCACCGGCUUCCAGACAUUUACACAAAACUCCCAAGACAAAGAAUAAAAAAUGUUGUCAAAACAAUCAAUCUGAGAGAUUGCAUCUUUCAAGAAAAUAUAAGAUGGAAAACUUGUCAGAUUGUUCUUGUAAUGGGAUAUCCAUCAUUCAAUGUAUACUAGAUCUGAUAUAUAAUCUACAUGUACACAGGGUUCAUGUGUUCUGGAUUUAUAUUUCUACAAAUAUGUAUGAUGUAAAAAAAAAAAAGUGCGUAAGAAGAAAUCCAACAGUUGAUUCAUUGUGUAAAAAUUUUAAUUGAACUCUUUCAGUUUGAAAUAAACUGCAUCUGUAGAUUGGUGAAAGAUUGAAAUGGUUGUAUAAUAAAUUGUAUAUAUGUAAAUAAUGUACAGACUGGAGCACAUAUCACUUUUAUAUACAUACAUAUCAUUUUACCAUUAUUUUAUCGGUAAAUGUUCUUUUUAAUUGUUUAAUACUGAACAUCUACGCAUGUAUGAUGUUAAACUUGAAUUUCUUUUGAAUGUCAGCAGUCAAUUUUUAAUAAAUAAAAAAAAAAUGGAUACACAAUCUAUGGUUGUUGAAGAGAAUGAUAAAAUGACAGAAUGAACAUUACAUUUUUGCACAGAUACACAAAUAUAAUGGCAUUUAUUUUCACUGUCUUGCCCUUAUGAUCCAUCACUACUUGAGUAUAUAGGGCUUCUCAGGGAUGAUAGCAGACCCAAAAUCCAGUGCCUGUUAAUUUAGUUUAAGUAUAAGAGAAUUAGACCCAUAACAUGGUUAGAGCCUAGAAGGCUUGUUUCGAGACAAUAACGCCAACAAGCCUUGUCUAUUAUACACCUGUUAAAAAUGUUUUCUAAGCCAUUUAUAUCAAUUCAAGGUACUUCUUACUCUUUUUAUGUAAUUGUGCAAUAAAAGACAAUGGUGGUCUGGAAAUUAAACAACUCUAUCCUUAUUUAAGGAUUAAUCUGAUAUUUUAUCAACAAAUACUUGUAUUUAAGAAACAAAGUUCAGAUGAUCAAUUUGGCUACAUAUACAUUUUAUUUGUACUGUUAAUUUGUCCCUAUCAUUCUGUCAUAUUAUUAUUAUUAUUAUUAUUCUGUAUAUUAUUCCUGUUUCAUUUUCCUUGAGACAAUGCAGAAAUUUUAUAAUACAUUGUUACAAUAUAUCCCCCAUUUUUACUAUAUAUUCAACUCUUUAUAUUUUGUAAAAUUGUCAUUAUACAUAUUUUAAAGUCACUAAAACCAUUUUAAAAGUAUGGAAGGAACUUUUGCAACAUUCCAAUAAAUUUUACAAUAUUA